CCAGGAGAGGCGCUUCCCACGCUGCCCCAUGGUUGCUCGGGUUCCCCGGGAUUUGGGGAUGCUCCGGAGCUGGAAGUCCCCAGCCGGGAGGCAGAGGAUAUAACGUCCUGGAAAGUGCGCAAGGCAGUGCUUAUGGCCACACGGUGGAGCCUGCGUCCAGACAUGGGAAGAGCGGCUUGAUCUCGCCCGGAGCCUCCGACGCCCUCGCUUUCCCCGCCGGGCUCGCACCUGUUAUGUCCAAGACCUGGCCCCUGCCUGCCCAUUCCUUGGCGUUCCUGAGGACCAGAGACCUAGGAUGAGGAGCACUGGAUCUGCCCUGAACCUGCUUUGGAUCUCGCCACUCUUUUUGGUGUGGACCGUGGUAGCCCUGGACCUGGCGCGGACGCCCUGCACCACCUUGGUCCAAGGGAAGUUUUUUGGGUACUUCUCCUCUUUCGCCGUCUUCCCGCCCAACUCCUCGCGCUGCUCGUGGAUCAUCCAGAACCCCGACCCCCGGCGCUACACCCUCUACAUGAAGGUCCUGAAGCCCACCGGCGCCUGCGACCGCCAGCAGGUCCGCACCUACCAGUUCGACUCGUUCCUGGAGUCCACCCGCACCUACCUGGGCAUGGAGAGCUUCGACGACGUGCUGAAGCUCUGCGACGCCUCCACCAGGUUUGCUUUCCUCCAGUCCAACAAGCAGUUCCUGCAGAUGAAGCAGACCCUGCCCCUGGCAGACGGCGGGCACGUGCGGUGGAAACCAGCCAAAGCUCAGGAGCGGGACUUCUCGGUGGAGUACCUGGUGGUGGGCAACAGGAACCCUAGCAAAGCUGCUUGCCAAAUGCUCUGCAAGUGGCUGGACACCUGCCUGACCACCAGCAGCAGCUCUCACCCCUGUGGCAUCAUGCAGACGCCCUGCACUUGCUCCGGAGGGGAGGCCCUGGACCAGCCCAGCGAGAUCCAGGGGCUGAGCAAGAAGAAGGACGAUUGCUUUAAGGAUGGGAUUUACUUGGAGAACUGCAUGAGCAGCCCGAAAGACAGCAGCGGGGUGGAUUUCCUGGGUGGUUGGAACGCGUGGUCCUCGUGGGGAGACUGCACCAAGGACUGCGGGGGAGGUCUCCAAACGCGCACGCGGACCUGCAAGCCCCUUCCUGACGAAAGCCUUGUCUGCGAGGGAGUCCUGGAGGAAGGAAGACUGUGCAAUAGAAAGGCAUGCAAUACCAAUGGACGCUAUAAUUCCAGAAGCCAAUCGCUGAGGUCCACAGAUAACAGAAAGCGAGAGGACGCCGACGAGCUGCAGCAGUACGGGUACCCGGCACCGCAAAUAGGUGACCCUGCAGCUGAGGAGUGGUCCCCCUGGAGCGUGUGUUCGACCACCUGUGGGGAGGGCUGGCAAACCAGGACCCGGUUCUGCGUGUCGUCUUCCUACAGCACCCAGUGCAGCGGCCCUCUCCGGGAGCAGAGACAGUGCAACAACUCUGCCAUCUGCCCAGUGCACGGGACCUGGGAUGAGUGGUCUCCAUGGAGCCUGUGCUCUUCAACGUGCGGGCGGGGAUACAGGGACCGGACUCGCACCUGCAAGCAGCCGCAGUUUGGUGGCAAUCCCUGUGAGGGCCCGGAGAAGCAAACCAAGUUCUGCAACAUUGCACUUUGUCCAGUGGAUGGCAACUGGAACGAAUGGUCGGGCUGGAGCUCCUGUUCCACCACCUGCUCCAACGGGACCCAGCAACGGACCAGGGAGUGCAACGGGCCCUCGUACGGGGGAGCAGAGUGCCAGGGACACUGGGUUGAGACCAGAGAGUGCUUCCUCCGGCAGUGCCCAGUGGAUGGGAAGUGGCAAGCCUGGGGCGCCUGGGGCAGCUGUACCACCACGUGCGGCGGCGGGACGCAGAAACGUGACCGUCUGUGCUAUGGCCCCUUCUUCGGAGGAGAAGCUUGCCAGGGGCCCAAGGAAGAGUACAAGCAGUGCAAUGACAGGAAGUGUCCUGAGCCCCACGAGAUCUGCGAUGAAGACAGCUUCGCCUCCGUGGUAUGGAAGGAAACGCCUGCCGGGGAGGCGGCCGCCAUCCGCUGUCCCCGCAACGCCACAGGGCUGAUCCUUCGAAGAUGCACUUUAGAUGAAGAGGGGAUAGCGUACUGGGAGUCUCCGACGUACAUCAAGUGCGUUUCCAUCGAUUAUAGGAAUAUACAGAUGAUGACAAAGGAACACCUCUCCAAAGCCCAGCGGGGGCUGGUGGGGGACGGUGUAUCAGAAAUGCUCCAAAACCUUGUGGAGAUCUCCCAGGACGGGACCAGCUACAGCGGGGACCUGCUGUCCACCAUCGACGUACUCAGGAAUAUGACAGAGAUCUUCCGCAGGGCGUAUUACAGCCCAACCUCCGGGGAUGUGCAGAACUUUGUCCAGAUCAUCAGCAACUUGCUGGCGGAGGAAAACCGAGACAAGUGGGAAGAGGCUCAGCUGACCGGGCCAAAUGCAGUGGAGUUGUUCAAGCUGGUGGAGGAUUUCAUCGAUGUCAUUGGGUUUCGCAUGAAGGAUUUCCGGGAUUCCUAUCAAGUGACGGACAAUCUGGUCCUCAGCCUUCACCGACUCCCUGCCAAUGCGGCGACCGACAUCAGCUUCCCCAUGAAAGGCUGGAGAGGCAUGGUGGACUGGGCCAAGAACUCGGAGGAGAAGGUCACCAUCUUCAAGAGCACCCUCACCACAGGGGUGCCAGACGACUUGUCCAACUUCGUGGUGGGCACCGUGCUGUACAGGAACGUCGGGAGCAUCCUCGCCCUCCAGAGGAACACGACGGUGCUGAACUCCAAAGUCAUCUCCGUGACGGUGAAGCCCUCUCCCCAGCCUCUCGUCACCUCUCUGGAGAUCGAGUUCUCCCACUUGUACAACGGAACCACCAACCAGACCUGCAUCCUGUGGGAUGAAACCUAUGUAGCCACCUCCUCCUCCUCCCAGCUCGGUGCCUGGUCCCGCUACGGCUGUCGCACGGUCCCGGUGGGUCCCUUCCGAACUAAAUGCCUGUGUGACCGAGUCUCUACCUUCGCCAUCUUAGCCCAGCUCAGUGCAGACAUGAACAUGGAAAAGGUGCUGGUCCCUUCUGUCACGUUAAUCGUAGGCUGUGGAGUAUCGUCGCUGACGCUUUUGCUCUUGAUUAUCAUUUACGUCUCUGUCUGGAGGUACAUCCGCUCCGAGCGCUCCGUCAUCCUCAUUAACUUCUGCCUGUCCAUCAUUUCCUCCAACGCGCUCAUUCUGAUCGGGCAAACCCAGACCCGGAAUAAGGUGAUAUGCACGCUGGUGGCUGCCUUCCUCCACUUCUUCUUCCUCUCCUCUUUCUGUUGGGUGCUGACGGAGGCCUGGCAAUCCUACAUGGCCGUGACGGGCCGGCUGCGCAACCGUAUCAUCCGCAAGCGCUUCUUGUGUCUCGGAUGGGGGCUUCCUGCUUUGGUGGUCGCCAUCUCCGUGGGGUUUACGAAAGCCAAGGGCUAUGGCACCAUGAACUACUGCUGGCUGUCAUUGGAAGGAGGCCUGCUCUAUGCCUUCGUGGGACCGGCAGCUGCAGUUGUUUUGGUGAACAUGGUUAUUGGCAUUCUGGUUUUUAACAAACUUGUAUCCAAAGAUGGGAUAACAGAUAAGAAACUGAAGGAACGGGCAGGUCAGAUGGCAGUGCCUCUUUACGGCAUGACGCUCAAAUGUUCCAAGUGUGGAGUAGUUUCUUCCGCUGAAGUUUCGGCCACAGCCACCAGUAACGCCAUGGCUUCCCUUUGGAGCUCCUGCGUGGUCUUACCUCUCCUGGCGCUCACCUGGAUGUCGGCAGUGCUGGCGAUCACGGACCGGCGAUCGGCUCUCUUCCAGAUCCUCUUCGCUGUCUUUGACUCCCUGGAGGGCUUUGUCAUAGUGAUGGUCCAUUGUAUCCUUCGGCGAGAGGUGCAGGAUGCCGUGAAGUGCCGAGUGGUCGAUCGUCAAGAAGAGGGGAACGGCGACUCUGGGGGCUCAUUUCAGAAUGGACAUGCUCAGCUAAUGACCGAUUUUGAGAAGGAUGUGGAUAUGGCUUGUAGAUCAGGUGAGCACAUCACAGUGUUGAAUAAAGACAUCACUGCCUGCAGGACCUCCACCAUCACCGGGACGCUGAAGCGCCCAUCUCUGCAGGACGAGGAGAAGCUAAAACUGAGUCACCAGAAGGGCUCAUCGAACUUCAACAGUCUUCCAGCCAACGUCUCCAAGAUGCACCUCCAGGGCUCGCCGCACUACCUGGGAGCCAUCAACUUGAAUGAGUUCAGCAACCACACGCUCACCCUGAAGAAGGAUAAGAACCAGCCACCCAAGUCGAUCUACAUCUGCGACGGGGACAUCUUCAAGAAGCUGGACUCUGAGCUCUCGAGAGCGCAGGAGCAAACGCUGGACACCAGCUACGUCAUCCUACCCAGCAACACCUCCACCCUGCGGGCCAAGCCGCCCAAGGAUGAGAGCAAGUACAGCAUCAACAUUGACCAGAUGCCCCAGACGCGGCUCAUCCACCUCAGCAUGGCCAACGACCCGGGCUUUGUCAUCAAGAGUCCCCCGCGGGAGCCCCCCACGGUGGCCCUGACAUGCAGCGAGGUGCAAAGCUCUCCCAUGGUACAGCAGCAGCAGCAGCUGCAGCCGCCGAAUAUCUCCAGCGAGUCGCAGAUCCCCAACAGCCUGUGCGACACGGGCGACUCAGGGAACUCAGGCCUGGUGUCCAAGAGUGAGACCGUCUCCACCCUCUCCAUGAGCUCCUUGGAGAGACGGAAAUCCCGGUACGCAGAGCUCGACUUCGAGAAAAUCAUGCACACGAGAAAACGUCACCAGGACAUGUUCCAGGACCUGAACAGGAAGCUGCAGCACGCAGAGAAGGAGAAGGAGUCUCCGCCAGUGGACAGCAAGCAAGAAAAACAGCAGACACCAAACAAGAGACCCUGGGAAGGAAUCAGGAAAGUGCAUUCCCCACCGUCGUGGGUUAAAAAGGACAUGGAGCCUGUAUCACAGUCUCCCUUAGAACUCAAAACUGUAGAGUGGGAGAAAGCAGGAGCUACCAUCCCUCUGGUAGGACAAGACAUUAUUGACCUUCAGACGGAGGUCUGAGCGGAAAGGAAAGCACAGGACUUUCAUUUUUCCGGAGGAAAAAAAAAUACAAAACACAAAACCCACAAAUGAAACAACACACGUUUAAAAAAAAGAUGAUUAAAUUAAAUCAAAACUGAGUGAGAAAAGUGUUUGGUUUCUUUUGAAACCUUUGGUACAAGAACAAAACAAAACGAGAAGUAACUUUUGUAUCGUUCUCAGCGGAGCGGGGGGAUUACUUUCUAGAACAUAGUAGCAGUAGGUUCAGAACAACUCGGACUUUGCCCCGGGGGAGAGAAGAGGACGUGAGCCUGGAAACAACGCCAAACCGAAGAGGAAGGAGAGGGAGGGGAGGGUGGGAGCGGGUGGGAUACAACCCACGUGACUCUUUAGCGGCAAGAGGACGACAGGGAGCCAUUGCCAGGUAUGUCGAGUCAUCCUGCUGUGCGCCGGGGACACCAGAAGGAACCCGAGGAGUGAAUGCGGUGCCAGAAGGGCCACAAAAGUCGGGGUGGAUUGGCAGGAAACGAGAACAGAGCUCCAUCCGGCAGGAUCUGAGCCAGGAGGUUGCAGGGGGAAGCCCCACUUUGGCCGGUCGGUGGUACCCAUCCCUUUGCACACCCAUGAGAGGGACCGAGUGUGUCAACCCUCUCCUUUCUAUCUCCCCCUCAUCAGCUACCCUACGAAGAAGGGAAUCGCCAUAUGCCAAGCUGCUGCAGCUGGUGGUUGAGAUGGUGCUCUGCUCCCACCAGCUCCCCUCCACCCUACCGGGCUCUCCGCCGUUGCUCGAGCACAGGCCACAAAGGAUGCUCCGAGGGAGGUGGCGGUAGUAGUCGUGGCAGGGUGGGUCUUUCUCCUUAUCACUCCACAGCUGGUUUCCUGAGGAGUGGGACACACGGCAGGGUGAGACCUUCUCUGAGGACCUGCUUGCCCAGUCUGCAGAGCCUGGGUCGAAGGAGAAAGAGAGAGAGAACACAAAACGAACGUAGGUCAUUUUGUUGACUGUUAGGUAGAGAAACUCAGCGUGGGCCUGUUCAUGCGGCCUCAUCUUUUUUGGUUUUCUUUUUAACGAGACACAGCCGAUUUCUUGUCCACCCUCCGUGGAACCCAGAGAGACAGACCUGCCGAUGCCCUUGGAGACGGUCGGUACAGAGACAAUAUUGCCUUAGGACAUUGAGACAAACUGACCAACGAGUAACAUCCGCUUGGAAACAAACAAACAAAAAAAUCUAUUUUUUUUCCUCCUCCUUUUCUUUUCUUCAAUAAAAAGAGAACUUGAAACCCGAGA